ACGUCGUCGGGGCGCGCCCGGAAACCCCAAGGCCGAGACGGCUCUCAGAUCCGGGGACUGCAGAUAAAUGGCCGUAGGCCACGGGCGGCGAGAUGUUGCGUUCUGCUGUGGGUGUGGGUGUGUCUCCGACGGCGUCUCGGUGCCAGUGUCGAGGUUCUUUCUGCUUAGCUACCCGGAACCGACUACGGAGGAGGACACCUGCGUUUACGUUUCUUCCAUCUUCUGCUAUUCACUGCAGCUGCCUGGGUCCCCGACGAGAGCCAGGUGAUACUUAACUCUGCCAUCUGCGUUUUGAGCACUGUUCUCAUAAUGGAGUUUCCUGAUUUGGGGAAGCAUUGUUCGGAAAAAACUUGCAAGCAGCUAGAUUUUCUUCCUGUAAAAUGUGAUGCAUGUAAGCAAGAUUUCUGUAAAGAUCAUUUUGCAUACGCUGCACAUAAGUGUCCGUUUGCAUUCCAGAAGGAUGUUCACGUCCCGGUAUGCCCACUCUGUAAUACCCCCAUCCCAGUAAAAAAGGGCCAGAUACCAGACGUGGUAGUUGGUGAUCACAUUGACAGAGACUGUCACUCUCACCCUGGGAAGAAGAAAGAGAAGAUUUUUACAUACCGUUGCUCAAAAGAGGGCUGCAAGAAGAAAGAGAUGCUGCAGAUGACAUGUGCCCAGUGUCACGGCAACUUCUGUAUCCAGCACAGACACCCUUUGGACCAUAGCUGCAGACACGGGAGUCGCCCCACCAUCAAAGCCGGGUGAGAAGAGACUCGGCUGCGAUGGCUCGGAACACGCAGUAGCAUAGCAUGCGUGGAAGCAGCUUACACUCUAGUGGGAAGUGGAGCCCCACUGAGCACCAUCCCACACUGGCUGCUGAUCUUGUUGAGGGAAAUGGGACUAUAAUAAAAUUGAAUGCUGAAGUUGAUUCCAGUUGUUCUCAUUUCCCACUGCUGCCGUCACCAAGUACUACAAACUGGGUGGCUCAAACCACAGAAAUUGGUUCUUUCACAGUUCUGGGGGCUGGAAGUCUGGGCGCAGGAUGUCGGCAGGGCCGGCCCCUUCUGAGGCCUGUGGGGAGCAUCGGCUGCAUCUCCCCAGCAUCUCGGGGCUCGUCGAUGUACAACCCCCAUCUCCGCCUUCAUCUUCACGUGGCAUUCUGUGUGUCCCGACUUCCCCUCUUUGUAAGGAUGCUGGGGAUGCUGGACAUGUGAUCCCACACUCGUGACCUCUGGAAAAACGCUGUCUCCACAGACGGUCACACUGAGGUACCAUGUCUAGGGCUCCAGCAUGUCUUGUGGGGACAUGAUUCAACUCGUAAUGCUAAUGUUGGUCAAAUCGAGACGCAUCUGCAUCUGCCUAAACUUGCACCUAGUGGUGUCUGGUGUCCGUCCCUGGACCAGGCCGGUGGUAGUCGCUUACCUGCAGGAAGCCGUGUGGGUUCUUGGGGUCAGCUCAUGGAGGCUGAGCUGACUCAUCCACCCUCUCUGUAGGUGCUCACCCGUGACAGCCUCUGAAUCCAAGCCACCAGGAGAUUUCCUCACCCUGGCUCCUGGCGGGCUGGCCCAGCAACUCAGGUACUGGUUCACCCGUCUCAUGUGAACGCAGCUACAUCUGUGUGGGGUGCUGCAGCUCUUGGGUGGUGAGCAUGGAAAGGUUGCCGUGUGUAACUGCACAGUGUGACACGAUGCCCCGGUGGUGCGACUUCGUCAGAAUGGAUGAAGGACACAGGACUGGGACCCCAAGUUACAAAAGCAGCUCGCUCCAGCGCAACCUCGGCAGCAGCAGCAGCGUCGUAUAGCUGGUUUCUGAAACACCUUUUCUGCCCUCCAAGAUCCUCUGACGUGAUCAACACUUCUGCGUCAUCAAGACAAACCUGAAAAGAGCUGUUCUUUAUUCUUCUUGGUGGAAAGUAAACUGAUUAGGUCUUCCCCGUCUGCGCUGCCAUGUGGGUUAUUUCCACUCUAGGUAACUUCUGCCGUCGGGUACCCCUGUACUUCUAAUGGCAAAGAGCCUGAAACCUUGAAACUUCCCCACUGACAUACAUGAACUAGGCCGGGCAUGGUGGCUCACACCUGUAAUCCCAGCACUUUGGGAGGGCAAAGUGGGUGGAUCACCUAAGGUCAAGAGUUCAAAACCAGCAAACACCAGACAGCUCACUUGCGCUCUCUUCACCAUGUCGCCUCUGUAACGAUGCGGCUAUCUGGCCAAGAAGGGGGAAGGACAUCCACCUGCCUGGCUGAGGGUUCUUGUCCAGCGGCGGCCACAGGCGCUACUCGCAUUCCCUGAGGGCACAGCUGUGUGCCCGUUCCUGACCUCCAAGGGGCUGGGACACUCUGCGUGAGAGAAGGUGUGUCUUCCUGGACCACUUGCCCCUGCCACAGCCGACUUCUUAAAACAGGCACAGUUCAGCCAGGUGCAGUGGCUCAUGCCUGUAAUCCCAGCACUUUGGGAGGUGGAGGCAGGCGGAUCACAUGAAGUCAGGAGUUUGAGACCAGCCUGGUCAACAUGGUGAAACCCCAUCUCUACUAAAACAAAAAUCAACCAGGUGUGAUGGUGGUACACGCUUGUAAUCCCAGCUACUCAGGAGGCUGAGGCAGGAGAAUCACUUGAACCUGGGAGGCAGAGGUUGCAGUGAGCAUCGAUCAUGCCACUGCACUCCAGCCUGGGCGACAGGGCGAGACUCAAUCUCCAAAAAAAAAAAAAAAAAGGCAGCAGCCAGCCAGCCCGAGAGCUUCUUUGCACCUGGAUGUGACUUCAGCACCAACAAGAAAGUUGCAAAAUGCCACCUGUUGAAGAUGGCUCUGUCCAGUGAUGAAGCAGUGGAAACUUCCAGAACUGACUUAAAACCACAAUGGCAGGAAGUAGGGCUUCCUCAAGUGCCAGAGAUUACAGGAGACUGGGUUUUAUAGGUUUGAAGAGCAGAAAGCCAAAACAAUGUCGGAGAGGGAAGGGGGGUAGUGAGGUCCACAGUCCUUCAUGGCUCAGAUGACAGAUGCAGCCUUCGUGGCCUGACACUUUCCACCACUGUCUGAUUUUGUGAAGUGAUGAACACGGUAACGUAAAUACUGGUCUUAGGUUUAUACUGACAGCCGCUAUGCUCAUCAAGAGUGCAGUGAUCUCCUGGGAACUUAGGGGGUGUCAGGGAAUAAGGUGAAACAAAACAUCCCCAAGUUCUGCCCUGAUCUGAACUGCCCUGGCCACCCAGCUGUGCCCCCCAGACAUCCCACGGAGACAGUUCACAAAAACACAAGCCACUGCAUUUUUUUUUUUUUUUUUUUUUGUGGUUUCACCAUCUAAAAAUGUAACGGGAAGGGUUUGUAUUCUGUUUCCGUUCUGCAAAAAGGUGAUCAGACCUGCAGUCAGGCGAACGAUGUUUCUGUCAAUGACAGACCAUGUAUAUGUUGGCGAUCGCAGAAGAUGCUGUAUUUUCACUAUCUUUUUAUUUUAAUCUGACAAACUUUUUUGCUUUUAUUAUAAUUGACAUAAUUGUACAUAUUGAUGGGGUACAUUGUGGUAUUUGGAGGAGUUCGAGACCAGCAUGGCCAACAUGGUGAAACCCCGUCCCUACUAAAAAUACAAAAAUUAGCUGGGCGUGGUGGUGGGCGCCUGUAAUCCCAGCUACUUGGGAGGCUGAGGCAGGAGGAUUGCUUGAACCUGGGAGGCAGAGGUUGCAGUGAGCAGAGAUCGUGCCCCAUUGCACUCCAGCCUGGGUGAUAGAGCGAGGCUCCAUCUCAAAAAAAAAAAGUAAAAAGCUAGUCACCCUGCAGUCCCACAGAACGCUGGGACGUAAUCCUCCCAGCAAGCUGGACCGCACCACGCCUAGGUUUAGAAGCACAAACACGCAGUGCCGUGCCACAGUGGCCUAUAGCAUUCGGCGCCCUAGCACUCUGCACGUUUGUAGCCUGGGAGCCACAGGCUGUGCCCUACAGCUUAGGUGUGCAGAAGGACACACCAUCAAGCUCUGUGUAAGUCACUCCACGCACAUCCCUAAUGGUGGGUGCUAUGUGACUGCUUUUGUGCUUGCUUCAUGGUGUCUGUCCUAGGACGGCAGUUCCCCAGCCCUAGCCUGUGUCAAAACACAGGGCUCCUUAUGGGAGGGUGCUAGAUCCCACCCCGAGGCCCUGAUUCUGUGGUCUGACGUGGACUCAGGUUUACACCUGGAGCUGUCUGGGUGACACGUCUGGUCUGGGACUGUGCUUGGACAAGCCGCUUCCCUGCGUCUCCAGCACCUCUGGCCACAUGUGCUGUGGAGCAGUGAAAGUGCAGCCAGUGCAGUGUUCAGUGUGGUUAAGUUUAAAAACCACUAACUUGGUUCAGUCUGUGGAAAACAGGUAUGUUAGGAACCUGGGUGUGUGAACUGUGAAUUUGCAGAUCAGGUGUUCUAAUGAAAAAAUGUUUUUAAAGUCUUGAGAAACAACGUUCUGAUGAUUUAAUGUCCAAAUUGAGAUUUAUCCUGCCGGGCCCAGUGGCUUAUGCCUGUAAUCCCAGCACCUUGGGAGGCUGACGUGGGCGGAUUGCUUGAGCCCAGAUGUUGGAGACAGGACUGGGCAAUGUAGUAAGACGUCGUCUCUCAAUAAAUAGCCAGACGUGA